CCGUUUAAAAAAUAAAGACAUAACUAAAUCCAAAGAAGGAAAUUUUUAGAGGUUUAGACUUUAGAUCAAGAUUUAGGAUUUUUUCUCUUCCCCGCCAACAUCCCUUCUUCGACGUCUCUUUUCAUUGUUUGUUCUUCUUCUUUCCCCUUUCCAAAUACACCUUCAUAUUGGAAAUCGAACUUACAUCAUUACUGCCAGGUGAAUCUUACCAAGGUCGGACUUGAAAAUGGUUUCUGAAUUGAUAAAUGCGAACCCCGUUGUGUAUGAGAAGAAGGAGCGUCGAGCUAGGAUUGCUCCAAGUGUGGAUGAAUAUGCAGCUGAAACUAUCGACCAGCUAGAAAUUUUUGACUAUCUUAGAGAUAUAAAAGAUCCAGAGCAUCCCUAUUCUCUAGAAGAGCUGAAAGUUAUAACAGAAGAUGCCGUUGAGGUAGAUGACAAGCGAAGUUAUGUAAGGGUCACAUUCACGCCUACUGUGGAACAUUGUAGCAUGGCGACUGUUAUUGGAUUAUGCUUGCGUGUGAAACUUAUGCGAUGUUUACCUUCACAUUAUAAGGUGGAUAUUAGAGUAGCACCUGGGACUCAUGCUACGGAAGCUGCAGUAAAUAAGCAGUUGAAUGAUAAAGAACGGGUAGCCGCAGCAUUGGAAAACCCUAACCUUGUCGACAUGGUAGACGAAUGCCUUGCUCCAUCUCUUGAAUGAGGAAGUUUAGGCAGUUUUUGUUCAGUAUAUGAAGAUACAAUCUGAAAAGCUUUCAUCAAAAGUCCUAUGUUAUAUUAUCUUUUUUUUUUUGUUCUUUUUGAACAACUUUUCAUUGGUUUUAUUUAAUUCAUUGUAUUAAUAAGGUUGUUGUUUAGUGAAAUCACAAUGUAGUAGUUGACAUGAAAUAGGCUGUAUCUUUGUAAAGAGAUAUAUGCAGCAUUUAUAUCAUCAUAGUCGCUUGGUAUUUUCAAAAAAAUUUAAGCCUGUAAGUUAUCGGGUGA